AUGUUUGACGCCUGUGGUUACGUGAUAGGUUCCGAUUGUUACCUGUCACAUGAUUAUGUAGCUCAUUGUAAGCCAUGUCCAGGUGCCAAUCCAUUUUGGUGCCUGACAACGUAUAAGCUUAUAUCCUUAGGAGCAUUGCUCAAGGAUGGAUUGGAAGCACGUGCAAGCACUGCUGAGAUCUCUUUCUAUCAGAAUGAUAGGCUUAUAGUCGCGUUUAAACCGCGCUUUGAGAAUGACACAAUAUAUGUCACUCAUACGCAGCCUAGAUCGGCGCGAUAUGCUGUCGCAGCUAGUAAUGCUGUUGACUAUGAAACUCUUCACUGUUGUUUCGCGCACCCUUCGCGCGAUGUGCUGAAACAUGCACGGAAACGCACGGAAAAGUGCCCGCUUGUUGAGUUCUCUCUUCAUGACUCAAUCUGUCGAGGAUGUGCUGAAGGCAAAAUGCCAUCGCAACCUCAUCCGCUUGACAUUCGUCGAGCGACACGUCCUUUUGAGCUAAUCCAUUCAGAUCUCAAGGAUUUUCCCGUGCCUUCAUACCACAAGUACAAGCACAGGAUACUGUACUUUGACGACUACACGUCGCAUGUAUGGACUAUCGGACUUCGUACAAAGGCUGCUGCACUUCAAGUUACACGGCAAUGGCUCGCAUAUGUCGAGAACCAGUUCAAUGCCAAAGUGCAGAAAUGGAAAUCUGAUUCUGCAGGCGAGUUGAAAUCGACCGCCUUCACAGACAUGCUCAAGGAUCGUGGGAUUGAAAGGAUACCCUCUGCUCCCAACAUCCAUGAACAGAAUGGACGUGCUGAACAAAUCAUUCGCACGAUCAUGGAAAAGGGGGAGGCAAUGCGUCACGACGCUUGCAUACCACAAUCAUGGUGGGAAUUCUCAUUCGAGCAUGCAGCGCAUGUCUAUAACAGAACUCCGAUGCAACGACUCAACUGGCGCACUCCAUAUGAAGUUCUGCAUGGUUCCAAACCAGACAUUAGCCAUCUACGCGUCUUCGGACGCGGUGCCUAUGUCUUCUUACCACGCGGGUUCGCAAGAACAAGCUAUCGCCCAAGUCAGAGCUGA